UUAUUUUGUGUCUUAUAUAUUCGAUUGAUUACUUCGAUCGGUUAAUUGACCUCAAAUAUUAAUUCAACGUGUAAAUAAUGAUCAUACGCAAUUAUAUAAAUAAAUUAAAAGAAAACGCCGUAUAAUAUCAAAGAGUUCCAUUAAAACAACAAAAUAUAAACAGAACUUUAAGAGCUUCAAUUUUAAGAAGUUUUCAGUUAAAUGUUUUUAUGAUGUGAAGCGAUGUAUGUUCUCACAAGUGAAAAUGUGUAAUUCUUCGAUCAAUUUUAGUGUUUUUGUUAAAAACUUUAUAUUGUUUACUAUAGUGUUAAAUUUAGUGUGUAGUUUUAAUUUAGAUGAUAAAAUACCUUUGAUAAAACGAGGCGAGAACAAAAGUUACUUCGGAUUUUCUGUUGCCCAGCACAAAGAAUUUAAAGGGGAUCAAGUUACAUCAUGGCUUUUGGUUGGUGCUCCAUUGGGACAAAACUUGCAACCUGGUUCGAAUAGAUCAGGAGCCUUUUUCAAAUGCCCCCUUACGCCAUACAAGGAUGACUGUGUGCAAGUAAUGACUGAUGGUACUACAAAGUCUGAGGAUCAAAUCAAAACAGGACAAUGGUUGGGAGUUAGUGUAAGUUCGGCUAGUACAGAUUUUACUGGAGGACAAGCGGCAGUUUGUGCCCAUCGCUACGCAGAGGUAAUAAACGAUAAUGUCGUUAUUGGGAAAGGUCUAUGCUUCGUUUUCGACCAAGACUUGGGAGUACCGGAACAAUUUGAACCAUGUAAAGGCAAACCACACGUCAGAGGUCAUCUACAGUAUGGAUUAUGCCAAGCCGGAAUAAGUACUUCCUUUUAUAACAAUUCAUUAUUAAUUGGUGCCCCCGGAGCCUAUACAUGGACGGGCAUGGUUUUUGUAUUAAAACCUACAAACGAUUUUUUCUCUGAAACUUGGGAGACCAAAGUAGAACAACUGGGAAAUGAGAAAGAAUAUGGAUACAGAGGGAUGUCUGUCGUUGGAGGAAAUUUUUUGAACGUACCAUCAAUUGCCAUAGGCGCGCCCCGUGAUAAUAAUUAUGGAAGCAUCCUGAUUGCAGUUGAAAGUAAUAUUCCUUCAAGAACUCUGGAAGUUAAAAUGAUUUUAUACGGAGAACAAUUUGGUUCUGGCUUUGGUCAUGAGAUAAUCAGAGCAGAUGUCAAUGGCGAUAAUAAUAGUAGGUGCUCCAUAUUAUUUCGAACAAAACAAUGGUGGAGCUGUAUAUAUAUAUUUGAAUGGAGAAGAAGGAGUGUCAGAUACAUACUUCAAGCGUCUUUUGGGUCCCAGACCUGAAAGUCGAUUUGGCAUAGCAUUGGCAUGUUUGGGCGAUUUGAAUAAAGAUGGUUAUGAAGAUAUAGCAGUGGGUGCUCCCGAAGAUGGUCCUGGUGGAGCAGUUUAUAUUUUCUUGGGGUCUAAAGAUGGAUUGCAAGAAUCUCCCUCGCAGGUAAUCCAUUCUCAUACUGGCUCAUUAAAAGGAAUAAAAACUUUUGGAUAUUCACUUUCUGGCGGACUUGAUUUGGACAACAAUGGUUAUCCAGAUCUACUUGUUGGCGCUUAUGAUUCAGAUGCGAUAGUUCUGUUGAGAACAAGGCCUAUCAUUGAUUUGACAACAGAAUUGAAACCAUUAGAUGAUAUUAAUAAUAUCAAUCCUGAUAAAAGAGGAUGCAGUAUAAAUCCAUCCACAAAUUACACUUGCUUUUCUUUUCAAAUUUGCACUACACUUGCACAAGGCGAACUACAAGGUAACACUUUAAAAUACACUUUGGUUGCUGAAACAUUUUCGAAUGAAAAACGCUUUUCGAGAGUAUGGGUAGAGGGUUUCAGAAAAUUAAUUACUAAUGAAAUUACACAUAAAUAUGACAAACCUUGUUCAACUUAUACCUGGCUUUUGAAAGAGGACACUAGAGACAUUUUGAGCCCAAUCAAGUUUCAGCUGAAGUAUACAUUGCAAAAUGCUCAACCUCCUUCACAUCAAGACACAAAUUUACCAUCGUUAAAUCAGUAUCCAAUAUUGAAUAGCAGCAGUACAGUGUUCACAUUUCAAGCAAAUUUCUUCAAACAUUGCGGAGAUGAUGGAAUUUGCAUGAGCGACUUGCAGAUAUUGCCAAAACUUCUGUUACCAUCAAACAACUAUAUUUUAGGCAACGAUACAGAUAUAAAGUUGCAUAUACAAGUUACCAAUGAAGGAGAGCCAGCUUAUGAGCCAUGGCUUUAUAUAAAUCAUUCAAAUACGUUAGAUUUUGUUUCAAGUAAAAUUCGACAAUCCGGUGCACAUGUUAACUGUAAAGUUCAUAGUUCGACCAUGGUUGCUUGUUUGUUAGAAAAUCCUUUCUAUUCAAAAACUAUUGUUGAUAUCUUAAUACGCUUCCUGCCUCAAGAGUAUGUUCGUUCGGCUGAUUUAAAACAUUGGCAUUUCCAAAUUUUUGCAAAUACAACUUCAACGCAAGUGCAUUAUAAGGAACCAGAAGAACUUUAUGCAAACAUAAAAGAAGAAGCUAAGGUGUCAAUUCAGGGUGCUACGUCUAAUCCUGAACAGGUAUAUUUUGGUGGCAUAGUUAAAGGGGAGGCUGCUAUUAACUAUUUUGAAGAAGUUGGCAGUUAUGUUGAACACGUAUAUGCAAUUCACAACCAUGGGCCAUGGGUAUCGAAACAUUUGGAAGUUGAAAUUCAUUGGCCGCAUCAAUUAGCUAAUGAUAAGAUCAAAGGAAAAUGGCUUCUAUAUUUAGCAGAAGAACCAACAAUUGACGAUUCAGGAGAAACAAAGUGCUACUUCGAUUCGUCUUUAGUUAAUCCAUUAGGAUUAAAAUACCGUAAUAAAAAAAUAAAUCAUUCAUCAAGUACCAAUGAAAAUGAUAAAUCUGCAGAUAGAAUAAGAAGAAAUGUGAAUGAUGAAAUUCAUGAUCUACUCAGCACUAAGCCAAUGAAAGAAAACCUAUCAGAGGAGAAUAUUCUUACAAUAGGAUGCGAUGGAAAUAAGCCGCUAGCAAAAUGCUUGAAAAUCCGAUGUACAAUUGAUUCUUUAAUUGCUCAUCAUUAUGUAAUUAUUAAAAUUCGAUCCUAUUUAUGGAAUGCUACUCUUACGGAAGAAUUUAAAAAAGAAAAGAAAAUGAAUAUCAAGUCUCACUGUAUUGUUCAAGAUAAUAAUGACGUAAUAAUAUCUAACCAGGCUACAACAACAGUAAUUCCCAAUUUAUUAGAAGCUAGCCAUACAUUAAAUAUAUGGUACUUGAUCGGAUCUGUUUUAAUUGGACUUUUAAUACUUUUAAUAGUGAUAUUUUGUUUGCGGCAAUGUGGAUUUUUCGUUAGAGUUAAAAAGAUACCACCGCAUUCGGCUGUCAUUCAGAAACCAGAGGAAAAAUAAUCUAUGAUGGAAAAACUUUGGAGAAACGAAAAUGUCGAUUUAUAAGACAUUAUAAAUAUUGUUGUAAUUGAUAGUAUCUAAAAAAUGUGAAGCAAUACAAAUAAAACAAAUUUUUUAUAGUUAGUG